GAAAUUCAGUUGUUUACACAUGUGUCUGUAACACUGAGAAGCAAGAGCAGCCCAGCAAGCCCAGAGGGUUUACCCUGCCCCGGUUGCUAAGAGAACUUUCAGACAUCAAACUGUGAAGCAUGAAUUUAGAUUCCAUUCACAAGUUAAUUGAAGAAACGCAAAUUUUCAAGCUCCAGCAAUCUUCCCUGGGCUCACCUUGUGAACCAGCAGUACCUGCCUCACCACUUCAUGAACCCUGUAAUUCUUAUUUACCACCCCAAGGCUUACAUUCAUAUGGUGCCCGGAACGUCUAUGCUCACUCCUACAGGGACAAUGACUGGGAUAUCUGUGAAGAGCUUCGAGUUCGAGAACUUGAAGAAGUCAAAGCCAGAGCUGCCCAAAUGGAAAAAACCAUGCGCUGGUGGUCAGACUGCACUGCCAAUUGGAGAGAGAAAUGGAGUAAAGUCCGAAUAGAAAGGAAUAAAGCCAGAGAAGAAGGAAGGCAGCUCAGAAUAAGGUUAGAGAUGACAAUGAAAGAAUUAAGUGCCCUCAAAAAGAAACAAAGUUCACAAAACGAAAAGGAGACAUUGGAUACUGAAAACAUCUGGAAGGAGAAACCUAGUCUUCUUGAAGUCUCCUGUUCACAGGAUGCUCAAUUUCCAAUGGCUUCCCAGGAAUAUGAUCCUAAUAGGGUCAAUUUGGAAAAAACACACGUUUCUAUUAAAGAAAAUAUAAACAAGAAGGAAAUAGAAAUGGUUGCCAACCCAGUAAAAUUCAACCAGGAUUUGGAUUUACAGUGCUCUGACUUCUUCGUAAAAGGUAUAUCUGGCACCUGUGUGACAAAGCCUACACUGAGGCUGGAUAAUGUAGCACCACCAUUGGGGAAGGAAUUAACCCAGAUUUCAACCCUAAAGUUUCAUUUGGAUGAGUCUCAGAAAAUUUUAUGGAAGGAAAGAGAAAUGCGUUCAUCUUUGGAAAAAGAAGUUGAAUUACUUGAGUCAGCAUUAUCUCUCUGGAAAUGCAAGUAUGAAGAAAUAAAAGAAUCCAAAGAGAUGACUUUAAACCAGUUUAACAUAUUUCAUGAUCGACAAGGAAAUGAAGUGGAAAAGGUUUCAGAAGAAAGAGAGGAUGAAGCCAAUUGUCAAACCAGAAAGGACAGAGUAAUAUGUGAGCUGAGAGCAGAGCUGGAGAGACUACAGGCUGAGAACACCUCAGAGUGGGGUAAGAGAGAAAUACUUGAAACCGAAAAACAAAGCCUAGAGAGAGACAAUAGAAGGUUAAAGGCUCAGGUGAAAGAAAUGGAAGAGCUUUUGGAUAGAAAAAAUCCAUUAACUGCAACCUCUCAAGGUCCUGAUUUGAAGACAUCACAAAGUGAGCUAUUUGAGAAAAACAAGGAGCUGGCUGAACUUCAACAUGCCUACUGCAAACUGAACAGACAGUACCAGGAUAAAAUGGCAGAACUGAUUCAUGCAAACCACAGAGUGGAUCACCAUGAGGCAGAAGUAAAGAAGCUGAGAUUUCGAGUGGAAGACCUAAAAAAAGGGCUCAACCACGCAGAAGAUGAGCUUGAUGACUCACUCAACCAGAUUCGUAAACUUCAGCAAUCCCUGGACCAGCAAGUAGAAAAGAAUGAUAAUCUACAGAUUCAGCUUAAUCAUCUACAAAGCAGGUAG